AUGAGUCGAAGAAAAAACACCAAAUUGCCGACCGGCACUGAUGAAAAAGCAUUAGCAACGAACGAACCAAGUGCAAAAAGCAAACCACUGGUGAAAUCAGUGAACAUCGAAUCACCACCGACUCGUGUACUGUGCGGUGUCAUCGGUGUUUCAUUUCUAUCCGUACCAAUUUGCUACAUUUUAUCGUACAUGAAAGAAAUGAAAGACUCAUUGAACGUUUUCCUUUACAGUGCAGUGAUAUGCAUCGCAGUCGCACCAUUAACAUACUUCUUAUUAAUUAAACAUUUACUUCACGUUAAAAAAGAAUUGUAUUUCUAUGUAUUUACAAUCUUUUCAUUCACUGCCAUUGCUGAUCUUCUGUUAGCUUUGACAAUUGAUGGUUAUUCAUCAGCGUUCCUCUUCUAUUUGGAACAAGGCGAAGUCUAUCUGAAAACUGGCCAUGGUUUAUUUAUCAAUUAUUGGGAUGGAACAAUGCAUUUCCUAUUGUACUUAAUCAUGAUAUAUUGUAUGUUAAAACAGCAAACGAAAACGAAAUUUUUUCGUUUUCUAUCUUUGUUUUGGUGUGGCUCGAUUAUUAACUCAUUGAUUGUAUUGGUUGGUGGCGCUGCAGUGGGUCAAUUCGGUAGUCAUAUUAAACCAUCGUGUCUUUUGAACGUACCUUAUAUGAUGUUUCCAUUGAUUUUCCUGCUUCGACAAUGUCACUCACGACAGGCUUUUAUUCAACAGCAGAAUAAAGAAAAUCGAAAAGUACCAAGUCGAAAAUCGUUAAACGCACGUCCUCUGGAUAUUUUGUUCAUUGGGUAUUUUAUAUUUGCCAUCUUAUUUGCUAUAUUUCGUGUAUUACAUGCACUGAAAACACCGCUAACCAAGAAUAGCUUUUAUUAUGAUUAUGAACCGUACAUACUGAACAAAUCAGGUUUUCCUACAGUUCAACUUUUAACGUAUGGAUUUUAUUUCGUAGCCUAUUAUUACCUAGCAAUCAAUGCAUUGAUCUUCUAUGACCAACAGCCAUCACAAUACAAUUGGUUUCCCGACUGGACCAUGGUGCAUGCUGGAGCUGCUGCUCAAGCUCAAUUUUCAUAUCUGCUGUCUUCAUUACAUGAUCCACCUUUAUUUCCUGAGUCAUCGUGGUCGGCUAUUCCACUAAACAAUUGGUGGACAUCUGUUGGUCUCAAUUUGAUUCUAGCAAUCGUACCACAAUUGCUCGCUUUUCGUGUGUGUACUGGAAAUAGAGAUAGAGAGUUUUAUUAG